AUGGAAUUCCUGACAGCUGCUCUGCUUCUGAUCUCUGCAGCGGUCACCCUGGUUGAGCCGGCAUUUCUCAGGGGUUUCCAGUGCAUUAAGCACUCCCAACCUUGGACAGCAGCCCUCUUUGAUGGUCCGAAAUUCCUUUGCACGGGGACUCUGAUAAGCAACAAUUGGGUGGUCACUGCAGCCCAAUGCCGCACUGGUCGACCCCUCUUAGUGAGUCUCGGACAGCACAGCCUGUGGCACUUUGAGUUCACAGAGCAGGUGAGGGUUGCUUUCAAGGCCAUCCGCCACCCCUUCUUUGACAGCAGCAGCAAGGAGAAUGACAUCAUGUUGGUCAAACUUCUAAUCCCAGUCUUCGUCAACAAGUAUGUCCGGCCGCUAGCCUUGCCAAGAGGCUGUCCUGCUCCUCAGAGCCAUUGUGUGGUCCCUGGUUGGGGCACCACUGUUUUGAAGAAAGUGUUCUUCCCAGAUGUUUUGCAUUGUGGAAAUAUCACCACUGUGAGUGACUCAGAAUGCUUCCAGGUCUAUUCCAAUGCUUUGAAGAAAAACAUGCUCUGUGCCACUGUGAAAAGAGGUGGCGUGGAUUCCUGCCAGGGCGAUCCUGGCUCCCCGCUGGUUUGUGACCAUCAGCUGCAGGGAAUCACUUCCUGGGGCUUUGAAGAAUGCUCCCAGGUGGAGAUCCCCAGUGUCUUCACCAAAGUUUGUAACUACAUCGACUGGAUUAAACAAACGAUGGCUUAUGCUUAGCAUCUCUGCGGAAUAAAGCCUGGCAUCUCUCCUAACUAUAACCUUACAAAAUAAAGAUGUGCGACAGCA